GGUUUUAUAUUUUAUCGAGGAAAGAUUUGAUUCAUUAGUAGUUUAAACGGGACGAUAUGUUUUGAUCGGUUGUCAUGGAACACUGCGGACAGUACACGAUCCUUGGAAACAUUGGCGAGGGAGCUCAUGGAAUUGUUUUCAAAGCUAAGCACAUUGAGGUAAAUAUUUCUUUAGCAUACACAGUCCAGGCUUAAUUCUCUGAGUCUUAUUACAUGAGUAAUCUGUCUCGAUCUGCAGUUAUUCGACCCAAGGUUAGUUAUAUCCGACUGUCAGGCAGAUCACUGUAUGAGUGUGCCAGCAUUUUAGCCAGACAAGCGUUAAAAAACAAAAGUAAAUAUAUGAUAACUGGUAAUGAAGAGCUUCAUGAAAAUUUUUCAACUUAUUCGAGACUGGAAUCCUAGUACUACAGUAUGGAAGCCCUAUUAAAGAUCACACAUGAUCGUUGGCAUAACAUAAACUAUAUAUUUUUUUAUCAUAUGGCAUGUAAAAAAAAAAAGAACUUUAAAUGUUCAUUCAGGUUUUUCUGUAGUAGAUAACUGUAGUUUGAUUUUUCUUCCUAGUCUCUUCAUUAUUUAUUUGUGUGAUAAUUCAUUUUUCAUUUUUACAGAGUGGCGAAGUUGUUGCUUUAAAGAAAGUUCCAUUGAGAAAGAUUGAGGAUGGAAUACCAAAUACUGCGUUGAGGUUUCAUAGUCUUAUUUGACCUUUUGGUAUUAAUUUUGCAUAGUUUUAGAAGCUGUUAUUUGUUUUCUGGUUGCAAUAGCAAUUUGACAGCAGAGAUUUUCCCACAGCCCCAUAUUUCUGUAAAACAAAGUCAUAGUCCCAAACGCAAUCUAUUAUUAUCACUACUAUUUUUUUAACCAAAACUAUAAUAAAAUUAUUGAACGUGAUCAGUUAUCACCAGCCUGAUUUGAGCACUAAUAGGAUAGUGUACAGGGAUGUAGCUCAAGUUUUUAACAGGCAGGAAUCUUGGAAUGAUAGGUGGGUAUUUGGGCUGAAGGCCCACUCUAGUGUGCCUUUGACACGCUAUACCUAGAUUUAAAGGUGUAAACAAAUGAAAUAAAUAAAUAACAAUCUUCUGACAACAUUUAAAAACAUUUUGGAGAGAGAAGUAGUGCUUCACAGCCAGAAAAAUCGCGUUCACAGCUGGGUAAUUUUCCCUGUUUCCAGCUAUUAUCUACAUCCCUGGUGUAUGCUUAAUACUUGUAAUUGGACAAAAUAAGAGGACAGUUAAAAGAUCAGUUAACUCCCAAGAUCUCAUUAGUAAUUCUCAUUACUUUGAACUUAGAGAAAUUAAAGCAUUACAAGAAAUAGAAGACAACCAAAAUGUAAGUAUGUGGAGUUUACACAUGCAUUAACCCUUUAACCCCCAAGAUCUCAUUAGUAAUUCUCCUUAUUGUCUGCCAUAGAGUUCCUGUGAUGCCAGUUUGGAGAAUUUGGUAUUGAAUCAUCUUUUAAUCCCCUAACUGAUAUUUUUCUUUAUUCUCAUUACUUUUCUGCUUGAUAUUGUAUCAAUAUUGUAAGGAGAAAUUCUGUCUUGGUCACUUGUGAGAGUUAAAGGGUUAAUUAUUAUCACCCAUGAAUCACCCAUUAGGGUCACAAUUCUUAAACAAAUUCUCCUUGUCAGCACCAUAAGAAAUUUAUAGAGAACAGUAUGGAGAAUAUACACACUGAUGUUAGGAUGUAGAGGGUUAACAGUUUGCCUGUAACCAUAGAUAUUCUUGGUGGUAUAUGAUGAUGACUGAAAUGUCUUGCCUGCAAGUGACCUCACUCAGGGUUUGGACCCAACCUUGAUCAUUCUGAGUAGAAUACAUGUCUGCAUGAGAUCUCCUCUUCUUCCUUGCAAAUGCAUGUAAAUGGAAUUUGGGAAUGUAUUUUACAGUGUGCAAAGAAGUUACAGUUCUGUGAUUGUAUUUCUAACCUAUUUCUUGGCUCUCCUUGAUCAGGUUGUCAAGUUGAUUGAUGUGUUCCCUUAUGGCACUGGGUUUGUGCUGGUGUUUGAGUACAUGCUCUCUGAUCUGUCUGAAGUCCUGCGCAACUCUGCCAGACCCUUGACUGAGGUUUGUAGCAGAGUACUGUGCAUUAUAUUAAUUUUUCUAAACAGGGAGAUGCAGUGAUCUUACAUUGGUAGUGGGUAGAAUGCUGGAAUGCACACAUGUAGCUAUCCUUUAAAAGGUCUGGUUUAGGCUCAAACUAUUUCAUUUAGUUGUGCUUUUGGGUAAGUACAUGAGACGCAUUAAAGAUCCUGUUCUCAAAGUGUUACUCUCCACUUAUGAGUACGAAUCCAUGGGUAACAGCAAAUUAGAAUGGACUUUAACUUAAGAAAGAGCAAUGUAAUCAUGUGCUGCUCAUAGUCACAUCAUGCUAUAGUAAACUGGAUACACUGUGGCAGCAAUGAGCUUUUAGGCCUACACAUACACCUACUUGACUCUGCCUUAACUCCUCAAUUCCCAAGAUCUAAUUGUUAAUUCUCCCCUCUGGCUGCUAUUCAUUUCCUUAUAAAUUAGUUUAAAGAAUUUAGUGUUAGAUCAGAUAACAACUUUUACUCAAUAAGGAGAUGGGACUAAAUUUUGUGGAGCAUUUACUGAAAUCAUCUGCUAGUAGGCUGACAUGUACUGUAUGUAAUCAAUUCUUUUUUUAGGCUCAGAUCAAAAGCUACAUGUUGAUGUUGUUAAAAGGUGUAGUGUUUUGCCAUGAGAACUCUAUAAUGCAUAGGGUAUGUACAGGAAUCUAUUACUAUUGAGAUACACAUGAAUGUAAAAAAUGUUGACAGCUAAAAAGUAUAUGGGUCAGAUCUUCAUGCUAAGGCCCACUAUUAAUUGCACAUGGUGAGUGAUGGAAGCUAUUCAAGUUUUCCUGCAAGAAAAAGAUUAUUAUAUCAAAAAUAUUCGCCAUAAACAAUGGGAAAUUUUGAAGGUGUAGACUCUUACAGUUGCAUUUUCCUGCAUUUUAAUGUCUACUCAUAUUUAUGUGUCUUUGCUAUUGCCAAAAGUCGACCAAUUUGAUGAGAAAUGCAUGUAUAUGAGGACUGUACAAUGAUAUUUGUGUAAAGACUACUAGCUGGUAGCCAGCACAUUACUAGUGUGAAGAUCUACCCACCACUGGGCUGCUACUGUAACCCCUGUGAAACUUCUUUCCUCGUAGGAUUUGAAGCCUGCAAACUUGCUCAUCAGUUCUACUGGACACCUUAAGAUAGCAGACUUUGGUCUUGCUAGGGUAUUUUCCAAUGAUGGCAACAGACAAUACAGUCAUCAAGUGGCUACAAGGUUUGAUUUAAGCAAUAAAGCUUUUGAAUAAUUUGUUUAUUUAAUCACUUUUCUAAAAUAUAUGUAUAUGGUUGAAAUAACAACUAGGAUUAGACACAAAAUGCUCUGACUUAGCUGAACCUGGUAGUAAGCAAGAAGCUUAUUACUACGGCCCCCAACAGACUCUAUGUAGUUUGAUGUUAUUAUCAUGUGGAACCUAGUAUUUUUUGUGUCCAAUAGCAGCUGUUAUUAUAGAGACUUUCCUUCUCUUUUUUUGUCACAAACAGAUGGUACAGAGCCCCUGAACUGCUGUAUGGAGCAAGGAAAUAUGAUGAAGGAGUUGAUCUCUGGUAUUAAAACCAUUUUAUCAAAUUUUGAAUGCUACAAUGUAAUUCAUUAAGUGAGUAGGUGCUGUACACGAUUGCAUCCCUUGUGACCAGUGGCGACUGCAUAGUGGAGCAAAGUGAGUUAACAACCUAGAGGCAGACACUGCUCCAUAUUGCCUCCCCCAUCCCCAACCCCCUUCACCCCUUGGGUGGGAUGCACAUCCAUUGCAGGUUACUAGCUCAGCUUCAUGUCAGGUUUUCCUGAGGGUUUCAUAAUAUCCCUGUGUACUCCUGGAUGGAGAAGGGUGCCAUGAGAGUGAAGUACCCUGCCUAAGAACACAAAACAAUGACCCAGCAAGCACCAGUGUCUGAGCCUACCUCUGGGGAUCCAUCACACUAACUAUCAGACUACCUUGUUUGGGGACUGGGUUGUAAAAGCGCAGGAAACUAUAGGGUGUUUUACCAACCCCUUUUGUGUGAGGUGAUGUGUUUUAUUUACACUGUGUUUGUUUAUUUUGUACUUACAGGGCAGUUGGUUGUAUUUUUGGAGAGCUCCUCAACAAUUCUCCACUUUUUCCAGUAAGUAUAUGGCAUGACGUCAUUUAGCCUAUUGCAGGCGUUCAGUUAUUAACUCUUUCACUCCCAAUAGUGAUUAACAUGUAAUUUCCCCCUAAAAUAAUUAUAUAUUCAUUAUCCACCUAACAGGUAAUGAGAAUAUUCAAACUUAUCAGGUAGAAGUUGUUAUCUUGAUCUAAUACUAAAUUCUUGGAACUAAUUUACUAGGAAAUGUGUUGUAGUUAGAGGGGAGAAUUAACAACUAGAUAUUGGGAGUUACACGUAAAGGGUUAAAACGAAACGAAAUAGUAAACGGCGUGUCAGAAGCGGGGGAGUGAAAAAACGAGAGAGGUCUGGUCGCGUUCUGUGCGCGACGCGACGCCACUCGAUCCAAACCUCUCGUUUUUUCACUCCACUUCUGCUAUUGCGCUGUUUACUAACGUGCUUCGUUUUAAUAACUGAACUCCAGACCUGGAUCAGGAUAGACUUCCAUUUGAAUGAAGUUAAUUCGUUGCACGGUGGAAAAAGUUUGAAAACUGAGAUGGGAACAAAAAGGCAAAUAAUGAUCGAAAAGAUUUGCUAGCUCCUGAUAAGCAGAAAACAGAAGAGAAAUGAAUAAAUUAAGACACGGUUGUGUUAUCAUGAAAUAUGUAUACGAGAUUUUUUGAGGCCUCGUAAGUUAUCUUUAUCCUCGUUCUAUCUUUUGCCCAUCAGUUGCUAUUAUUAGUUCUUAUUAUUGUCCUUAUUAUUGUUUCCGAUUAUUCUUACCAUGAUUUCUUCGGAAUUUUUCUCUUUUCCUUUGUAUACUUUGAAACUUUAUUUGGUCAUAGUGAGAGUGAACGUAUGGAGUCUUAGUUGUGGUUGUUAUUCUUUACUGCUUUACUCCGAGAUCAGACAUGAAUUUGAUAUGAAUAGUGAAGCCUUCACUACUUGGAUAAGGGUAAUUUUGUCUGCUUUGACGUCCAAGAGGAAUUUUUUAUAGAAAAUUAACAACUGGCGAAGGAACAAUUGAACAACUUUUCAUACGACCGCAUGAAAUCAUCACAACUGAGUUUUUUUUUGUAUCAAGCCUCAUAAAACAUCUUCCUUCCUUUCACUAAUCUUUCUGCCUGGUCGGUGGGCUAUCGUCAGUUUCUUGUCGUAAAAAAAAUAUGAGAACAAUUUGAGGAUAAAUAAGGUGAAAAAGCUGAUCAAAAUAGAGGAGAAAAAUUGUCUAUAACGUUUCUUUCUAUUGCCGAUUAUUGUUUAGGGUGAAAGUGAUAUUACACAGCUUUACUGUGUACUUCGAGUAUUGGGAACACCCAGCCAAGGCCAGGUAACAGAAACGUGUUAGAUUUCACAGCUGUAGGCGUUGCAUAUAUUUAAAAUCCCGUAGUUAGGAAUUUAAAGCAAACCACGGCGGCAACCACAAUGAGAACGCGUAAAAACAAAAGAUCCAAUAAACAGAACGAAUGCUCACUACGUGCAUUUUAGAACUUUGUUCAUUUCUAAGCCUUCCUCUGCAAAACCUCAGAUUCAAAUCAUCGGAAUUUGCGUGGUCUGAGAACGGAUACCGUGACAGCAGAAUUAUCGAAGUUUCCGUCUGAAGCUCAAUGCUACCCACAUGCGCGUUAAGCAGAAGUUGAGAUGUGGCGCCAGCCAUUCGCGAAUUUAACCAAAAUAAAAGUUCAAUUUUUGAUCAACUUCUGACCGCUUAAGGUACCUACUAUGUUUACGAUCGCUAAUUUACUCAUUUAAUAACAGAAAAUGGCUGCUGCACCCUCAUAAAAUUAUGAAUAAAUUAGUCCAUAAUCUCGUUGGUAUUUCAUCUUGUUAUGUACGAUUGAGGUUUCAUUUGUGCGUGAUUAUUUGAUUCUUUAAAGAAGCUGAAUAAUGUCGCUGUAUUUUAUUACAAAUAAAUAAAGUUUUCGUGCAUAUUUUGUUUUACGUUUUGUAUAAACACAAUUUUGACUUUAGUGGUAAUUCUUUCUGCUUGAAACAGGGAAUGACAGAACUACCAGAUUAUAACAAAAUCGUUUUUCCUGAAAUGCCGCCAAUACCUCUAGAGAAUAUUGUUCCUGAUGCUUCACCAGAGGUGCGUGUUCCUUGUAUAUGCUGUGCGUGUGCCGUGCGUAUCCCAUGCGUGUAUCGUGCGCGGCCCAUAACAGUACACCCUUCAGUAGCAGUUAUCUUCUGUUGUAUGUUCUCGUCUGAAUAUCGUCGCUGUUUUUUUCUUGUAUGUGUGUCGCGUAAGCCGUUAAUUUGCCGCAUCUGUGUUCAAACUUGAAGUUUACUUUACACAGAAUAUCGACAAAACAUGACUCUUGGAAGCCGUGUACAAGUUAGUAAUGUAUUUUGUUUGUCUUCAGGCGAUAGAUUUGCUGAAACGCUUCUUAGUGUAUCACUCUAAAGAGAGAAUUUCCGCAAAAGAGGUCAGUUGAUGUGUCCACUUAUUCUUUGGUAGAUCUUUCAAAUUUGCAGGCUUAAGUUUUAAAAGUGACCCCUAACAUAAUUUGAUUUUUUAACUGAGUUGAUGAUGUAAACUGGCUACUCGUGCGGAAGCACAAAAAGCUUUUAAAAGGAAUACCUGAUGUCAAUAGGUACAAAUUAAACUCUUCCGUUUGUUUAGUUUCACUUCAAUUUAUUGUUGCAUUUCGUUUCAGGCCUUAUUGCAUCCAUAUUUCUUCACGGAGCCACUUCCCGCUCACCAUUCUGAACUACCAAUCCCAGCACGCAAUGCGCGGAAGACAUCAGGACGAGGCCCGUUACGUCAUACUUUUGACAUUGAUGUUCCUCUGGAGAAAUCUCUUGUCAAUCCCACGUCGCUUGUACAUAAUGUUGUGGGCAUGCCGGAUUUUCACACUUGAGGUCUUUUUAAUUUCGUCCUCAGAAAAAUUGACUUUUGGAAUAGUUUUCAAUUGAAAGUCGAAAAUAAUCCGGAAUUGCUUUGAUUUUGCUUUAGUUCGUCGUGUGAUUGGUCUAAAGCAGUCUUCUCGAUUUCGUUGCUAACCAGAUUCAAAACUAAAACCCUUUUUCCCGCACUAAAAGCAGUUUGCUUGUCUCAUUUUUUAUUUCUUGUGAAUUCUCAUUCAUUCACGUUAGAUAAACCAACUUCAUACUAGACUCGAUGCCAUUGUUAUGAAUUUCUAGAAAUAUUGCUUUGUUACUGCCAUACAGUAAAAGAGAGUCUUGUUUCUUGCGUCGAAAACUAAUAAUCCAACCGUUUAUUUCUGGCGCCUAUGCUACAGAUAACAAAGAAAAAGCAAAUUGAUACCCUAAGAAGAAACUACAUUAAAAUCUCGUUUCUGAGGGACAACUAUUAUUGGCC